AUAAGAAUUUCAGAUAUGUGGAAUCAGUCUGAAUCAUCAUCUGGGAGUGAUGCAGAACCUGAUGAGAAAACAGAUGAACCUGUGAGGGAAGAAGAAAAUCCUGAAGGAAACAGUACCAGUGAAGAUAAUGAUGAAAAAGAAAAAGCUGCGGAUUCACCUGAAAGUUCUUCUGAUCAAAGUGACGACAGUGAUGAUGCUAGUGAAAACUCAUCAAGUUCAGAACCAGAUGAACCUGCCCCGAAGAAGAAAAAUAAUAAUAAUCGGGGGAUGGAUGCAGAAACAAGAAAACUGCUUGAAAAUGAAAACUACUUUCGACGUUCAAAACGAUCAAAACGACAAGAUGAUUCACCGUCGGAUAAUUCCGAAGAAUCACAAUCUUCUGAAGAUGAUUGGGAUGAUCGACGAAAACCACGGCGAACAGUAACAAAAAAAGUUGUCAAGCAAACGAAAAAAGCAGUUUCAGUUGUAAAACGGAAGUCGGUGAAAGGAAAUGUUAAUUAUGCCGAGAAAAAUUCGGAUGAUGACAUCGACGAUGACGACGUUCUUGAAUGGGAUGAAGAGCCAGCAGUACCCGCAGAAGGACCUGCAAUUCUUACUGAAACUGUCGAAAGAGUUAUCAAAUGGCGGCACGGUGUACCUGGAGCAACGGGUUCUGCAACAACUUGUUAUAAUAUUGCUGAUAAAGGGGAUCCUAACGAUCAAAUUCCCGGUGAUAAGACAGAGCAGCAAUUUUUUGUCAAAUGGACAGGCUGGAGUCAUCUGCAUAACACAUGGGAGUCUGAAAACUCAUUGGCCUUGAUGAAUGCAAAAGGACUCAAAAAAGUUCAAAACUACGUGAAAAAGCAAAAAGAAGUUGAGAUGUGGAAGCGGUCAGCCGAUAAAGAAUACAUUGAAUUUUUUGAAUGUGAACAACAAAUGGCAGAAGAACUUUGUGAAGAAUACAAAAAAGUGGAAAGAGUCGUAGCUCAUCAAACAUCAAGAGAUCGAGCUGCUGAUGGAUCAAUGGCAACUGAAUAUCUUAUCAAGUGGUCUGGAUUACCGUACUCGGAUUGUACUUGGGAAGAUGAAAAGAUGGUUGCACCUGAGCAGAUAAAGGCUUAUUAUCAUCGAAUUGAAAAUCUGAAAUCUCCGAAUAAAAAUUCAAAUGUCCUCCGGAAGCGCCCGAAAUUUGAAAAAUUUGAGUCGAUGCCGGAUUUUCUGAAAACCGACGGAGAAUCAACACACAAACUUCGUGAUUAUCAACUUGAAGGUCUCAAUUGGAUGGUAUACGCUUGGUGCAAAGGAAACAGCUCAAUUCUAGCCGAUGAAAUGGGCCUUGGAAAAACAAUUCAAUCGAUUUCUCUUCUCGCUUCAUUAUUUCAUCGUUAUGAUCUUGCUGGACCAUACCUCGUAGUUGUUCCUCUCUCAACGAUGGCUGCUUGGCAGAAAGAAUUUGCUCAAUGGGCUCCUGAAAUGAAUCUUGUUGUUUAUAUGGGCGAUGUUGUUUCUAGAGAUAUGAUUCGUCAAUACGAAUGGUUUGUCGGCGGAACGAAGAAAAUGAAGAUCAAUGCAAUUCUGACAACGUAUGAAAUUCUUCUCAAAGAUAAAGCAUUCCUGUCAUCAAUUGAUUGGGCAGCUCUUCUUGUUGAUGAAGCUCACCGUCUCAAAAACGACGAAUCUUUGCUUUACAAAUCUCUCACACAGUUCCGUUUCAACCAUAAGCUUCUAAUCACAGGAACACCUCUCCAGAACUCAUUGAAAGAGCUGUGGGCUCUUCUUCACUUCAUCAUGCCUGAAAAGUUCGAUUGUUGGGAAGAAUUUGAAACAGCUCACAAUGAAUCGAAUCAUAAAGGAAUAUCUGCUUUGCACAAAAAGCUUGAACCAUUUUUGUUGAGGAGAGUAAAGAAAGAUGUUGAAAAAUCGUUGCCGCCGAAGACGGAACAGAUUCUCAGAGUUGACAUGACGGCUCACCAGAAGCAGUUUUAUAAAUGGAUUCUUACAAAGAACUACCGCGAGUUAUCGAAAGGUGUCAAAGGAUCAAUUAAUGGAUUUGUAAAUCUUGUGAUGGAAUUGAAAAAGUGUUGCAAUCAUGCAUCCCUCACUCGACAAUAUGAUCAUAUCUAUGACGAUGCCCAAGGAAGGUUACAACAACUUUUAAAAUCUUCUGGAAAACUAAUCCUUCUUGACAAGCUUCUAUGCCGUCUGAAAGACAAAGGUCAUCGAGUUCUGAUCUUCUCUCAAAUGGUUAUGAUGCUCGAUAUUUUACAAGAGUACCUUCAAUUACGACGCUUUCCUUCACAACGACUCGACGGAUCUAUGCGUGCUGAUCUUCGGAAACAAGCUCUUGAUCAUUACAAUGCUCCGGGAUCCACGGAUUUUGCCUUCCUUCUGUCCACGAGGGCUGGUGGAUUAGGAAUUAACCUCGCCACUGCUGAUACAGUAAUAAUUUUCGACUCAGAUUGGAACCCACAGAAUGAUUUGCAAGCAAUGUCUCGUGCACAUCGUAUUGGUCAAACAAAAACCGUGAACAUCUACCGACUAGUAACAAAAGGUUCUGUUGAAGAAGAGAUUGUUGAACGAGCGAAACGGAAGCUUGUAUUGGAUCAUUUAGUCAUUCAAAGAAUGGAUACCACUGGAAAAACAGUGUUGUCGAAGAAUGCAACUGCCAGCGGAAGUGUUCCUUUCGAUAAACAAGAACUUAGUGCAAUUCUGAAGUUUGGAGCUGUUGAAUUGUUCAAAGAGAAAGAAGGUGAAGAACAAGAACCUGAAGUUGAUAUUGAUCGAAUCCUGAUGGGCGCGGAGACUCGAGAAGCUGAAGAAGAAGUGAUGAAAGAGAAUGAACUGCUCAGUUCAUUUAAAUAUGCAAACUUCGCAAUCGAUGAAGAGAAGGACAUUGCUGCAGCAACUGACGAAUGGGCGGCUAUAAUUCCAGAAGAGGAUAGAAAUCGAAUUCUUGAGGAAGAACGGAUGAAGGAGUUGGCUGAAAUGAAUCUAGCACCGAGACAAAGAAAACAACCAAUACCACAGGUUGUCGAAGAUGAUGAUGGUGACGAUGAUGAAGAAGAAGAUGAUACUGGAAAAAAGAAAAAGAAGAAAGCAGUGGGAAACUUCACAAUUCCUGAAAUCAAACGAUUUAUCAAAUCAUUCCGAAAGUUUUCGAUGCCUCUUAACAGGCUCGAGGAAAUUGCUCAAGAUGCGGAACUCGAGGAGCACAGCACUGACGAGAUGAAGAAACUUGUUGAAAGUUUGAGUGAGGCGUGCAAAAAAGCAGCCGAUGAGUUCGACAGUAACGAGAAAAAUGGUGAUGCCGGUGCAGCGGAAAGUGAAAAGAAGGACAUCGAAAGAAAAUUCAAAUUUCAUACAUGUGACGUUAAUCUGAAGCAAAUCGAACGAAGUCAUGCUGAGCUGAAACCAUUACACGAAAUACUCAAGUCAGAAGAAACGAAAACUUCAUUCAAACCACCAGCAAAUGCUAAAUUACAAAAAGGUUGGGAUGUUGAUUGGAGUCGACCUGAUGACUCGGCAUUGCUCCUGGGUGUCUGGAAGUACGGUUACGGUAGUUGGGAAGCGAUAAAAAUGGAUCCUACUCUUGGAUUGGCUGAUAAGAUUUUUAUUAAAGACAAGACGAAAAAACCGCAAGGAAAAAACUUACAAGUUCGAGUCGAUUAUUUGUUGAAACUAAUGUCCAAGGAUAAAGUGAAGACAACGGAAAAAAAGGAAAGAAAACGAAAGGCAGAUGAUGUACCAGUUGGACCAGAAAAGAAGAAAAGGCAUACGAAUAAUGUUCCUCAAGAGGGAGAAAAGAAGAAAAAAGAAAAGAAAGAAGAGAAAAACAGCAGCAGUUUGAAAGAUCAGCUAGCUCUUCUUUCGAUUGAUAAAUCUCUUUAUGGAGGUGCUCUAGAGGAUAGCAGUGCCAAGCCAUUCCUAGAAUGUGUGAAGCUUUGCAUGCCGGUACAUAAAUACAUGAAAAAACUGAAGGAAGCGCAGGAAGCCAAAAAUCAAGCUGACGAGGCCAAAUAUCUUACCCGACUCGGCGACUCGUUCCUUGAAAACCUCGAAACUCUUAUAAAAAAGAAGCCAAAAACAAAUAUUCGAAAAUGGUAUAACUAUUUGUGGAUAUUUCUUUGCAAGUUCACUCUGAGAGAACCUGGAGAAAUGGCUGACCGAUAUAGAAGUAUAACUUCUGAUAAACACAAAAAUCACCAUCACCAUCACCAUCAUAAGAGUAAGGAGGAGAAGCCGAAAGAAGCCAAAGAUCACAAGGAAAGGGAUCGAGAGAAGGACAGAGAAAGGAAUCGUGGAGAAAGGCGGAUGGAUCAUGGUGAAGGAACUAGUAAGGACCAUCAUCGGGAACAUCAUAAAGAUCAUCACAAGGAUCAUCACCAUCGGGAGCAACAUAAGGAGAAAAACCGCCGACAUUAGUCUAACUCCAUCUUUUCGUCUACCUGCACACACUACACUCACGGGUUCUUCGUAAACUGCGAUAUAAUUUCCAUCAUCCCGUUUCUCUUUCCCCAAAACAUGUCAAUUUUUAGUUUUCAAAUUCGUUGUUGAUAAAUAGAAAUUCUUAUUCAUUUCUAAAUGAUAUAAUCCUAAUUUUGUCCGUUUAUUUGCCAUUCCUUAUCCAUCUAGCUCGAUUUCUUUUCCUGUUUUCUUUGGUCGGGUUUACUUUUUUUUGUUUUUAUUUCAAAUGUUUAUCACAUUUCAUCUUUUUUUGUUUCCUUUAAUAAUGAUCUGUUUAAUAGUCUUAUUAGCUACAAAGCGUGAUCUUUAUAUAAAAUUAAUAUAAUCAUUAGUUUUGAAAAUUGUAAAUAAUUAUACAUUAUUAUUAUCAGCGUUAUCCUCCGAUUAACAUUAGAAUUUACAAA